AGAAGAAGACUGAGCAAUCAACCGGAAGUGAAUCUGCUUUUUUAGUUGGCUUCACCAUGCCUAGACCCAAGUCCGUCACAACAAUCCACAGUGUUUACGUAGAAACUGAGAACUUGUGUCUGUUCAACAAAAUGUAUUAGGUGUCAUGGACGUUUGAGGGCGAAGAGAUGUAUCGUGGUUUUCUUAAUCCAGGAGAAUAUACCCGUGGCCCGGCUCCGUUUGUCCACCCACAACAUGGACCGCCAAUGAUGGCGCCCCGCUAUGGAGGGCCCUACGGCCCGCCACCGAAUGCUCCACCACCCAGACAUUUGCCCCCUGGACCAUGUCGCUCCUUUUUACCUGCUGCAUCAAACAACGAAUACAUUCAUAGUAGAUCCAUGGGGGACCAUUAUAUCAAUACUCAACCACACUGUAGCAGUUUUUCCAUUGACCGCAGCACAGUGAUCACUAUGGGCAAUCAGCAAAUCCUCCCUCCAGAUACACAGCGGAACCCCAACCAUUUAAAGGCCCAUCAGAAAGAUAAAAGCGACAAGGCAGGGGAAGACUUUCUCAGAUGCCUUGAAUCCAACCAACCACUCCCCGAUUAUCUGAAAGAGAACAUUGCCUCCAGCCUGUCUGAACUGGGGAUACCGUCAGGUUCAAUAUUAGACAGAGGAUAUGAGAGGCAGAGGCUCAGAAGCAAAAGCCGCAGUCGAAGCCGGGCGCGGAGCAAGAGCCGGGCGCGGAGCAAGAGCCGGGCGCGGAGCAAGAGCCGGGCACGGAGCAAGAGCCGGGCUAAAAGCCGCUGCAGAAGCAAAAGUCGAGCGAGAAGCCGGAGUAAGAGUCACGGAAAAAGCCGAGGCAGGAGCAAGAGCAGAGCCCGCAGUAAGAGCAGGACCCGGGGGAAGAGCAGGGCCCGGAGCAGACCCCGGAGCAGGAGUCACAGUCGUGGGAGGAGUCAGGGCCGGAUGAGUCCCAGUCAGGGUUUCAGUGGCAGCAGUGUCAGUAGUCACACUUCGGCACUCAACACCGAUCUGUUACAGGGGCUAAAACGAGUGAUGAACUGUAAGGAAUUGGAGGACCGCCUACCUGCCAUCAAGAAUGCCAUCCUUACUAUUCAGGCAGGAAACAUGGGCAUGAACUCGAAGCCCAGUGGCUUCCAAGGGCAGCCUACCACAAGCCAGGACCAGUCCAUACCAUCAGUGAAUGACAGUAUGCUCCUCCCGCAUGAGCGAGUGGGAAACGACUUUUCCUGGCUCCAGGGUACCAGAGAGGAAGAAACUAAAAAAGAGGUGGAUGUCGAGGAUGAGGAGUCGUUUCUUUAUGGGAACGGAAAUGACAGUCAGAGGCAACCAUCCUCCUCACUUCAGUUCGCAGAGCAGUCCCAGCCCAUGGCACCGUCCACUACCUAUCAAGGCCACGUAGAGACUUCACAUGCAGGUCAACCCUACUCCCUAAACCAGCCUCUCUUCAGAAACCUUGGAGAGCUCCUUGGGGACCUUAAGCCACGCGGUCAAGGGACCGCUUCCACGCCCACAGUGAAGACUGAGCACACAGGUCAGCAGCCCAACUCCUCCCUCCUCCCAGAUGUGCAAGAGGUCGAGAAGAUAAAGAACAUGAUGAAGCACAUUGGUCUGAACCUGGGGACGUCGGACAUCAGUAAGAUCAUGUCCAAGCUGCAGGAGCAGAAUGAAGCGAAACUGCCAUCGCCGCCGCUGCCCAUAGAAGCAGGAAAGCAGGAGGUCAAAAUUACUAUUCCUGCAUUUGGGAAUCCAGAUGUACAACAAGCACUGGUGUCUUUGCAGUCUCUCAUCAAAGCAACCAAGGAGAAGCGGGCAAAAUGUGAUCAGCAUUCUCAAAGGUCCACGGACAGGAAGCAGGAUGACGAUGAGGGUAAAAUGAGAACGAGAGAAGCCCUGAGGACCAGAAAAGAAGCCCUGGUGAAGGAACUGGAAGGGUUGCUGAAGGAUGAUGGCUCAGAGUUUUUAAUCCCAGUGAUAGGGUUCUACUGCCAGAAGUGUGAGGAGUUCAUAGGAGACUUGAACACUGCAGAGGCCCACGCAGCCAACCACCGUCGCAAGAACUACAGUGCGAAACAUGCAGACAGAGAGGACACAGAACCCCACCACCAUCAAAGCAAACACUCCCAUCUGCAAGAGAGGAGAGACCAGAGGGAACACAGGGAUCAGAGAGAUCACAGACAUCUGGACCUCAAGCGCAAACUGGAGGAUGACUCCAGGGGCCACAAGAGCGACCGUGAGAAGGUCUACGUGAAGGAGGAGAAACCUGCACCCCCCAGGUUGUCGAUGACAACGGUAAGAGCGCACACUCCUCCGGGCUUGCUGAAGAGCAGAGGGAGGGAUGAUGAGGCCAAAAUGGACAAAGGCUCUGCUUUUUUUUCACCUGCUAGCGGAAAACAUGGCACAGUCAAGGAGGAGGAGGAGGACAGGAGGGGGAAACUCUCCAAGCAAGAUGGCGAUAAAAAAGACAGUGAUACUAACAGCUGCAGCAGUAGUGAAAGUGACAGAGGCAAGUCCCCCAAAGAACAAAAGAAGAAGAAAGAGAAGAAGAAGAAGAAAGAGAAGAAGAAGAAGAAGAAGGAGAAAAAGAAGAAGAAAGAGAAGGAGGACAAAUCCUAGUUACUCUACUGCCUACAGCUGUUGGUCUCUCUGUAUUGGGCCUCUAGUCCAAUGUUUUGCUCUGUUGCUGGGUUUUUUUCAUGGACUAUUGAGAUUUCAAAAAAUACAUCCAUAAACAUACAGUUUUCUCUUCCUGUUGUUUAUGUUGACAGAAAUUAUACUGUGGUGUUGUCACCCAAAUGUUCAUUCAAAUCUGUUUAUCAAUGUGAGUUGUCAAUGUGAGAUCAUGUCUCACCCAAGGUUCCUGACAAACAUCUUCUCCCUCUUAUUGAACAACCCUCACCUUUUGGGCCAUUAUGUUUAAUGUUAAUGGUGUUUACAAUUGUUUUUGGUUUAGUGCUGCAAAUAAGUUUUUUUGCAAUAAAAGUAUUCAA